AUGAUCAAGCUGGGUAACUUCGCUAGGCAGCUCCUAACACAGGGAGAUGGCUUCAAACUGGGGGGCUGGUUCUGUGGCAGUAGAAAUGUAUGUACCUUGUCGGUAGGGCAUCUGUCGAAACACCCAUACAAGCCGAAGACGAAGGAGGUCAUCCACCCACACAUGACACCACCUGAAUUCCAUGCCCCAUCGGACUGCUUUGAAGCCAAGACGAACGAACUGCAGCAGUACCUACCAAGUAAUUACUAUCGAACUAAGUGGAUAGAGUCCCUAAGAGCUGGUGAACACUUGGGAAAUGAUUAUCCAUGGAAUUUAUUACCUCAUUGGAAGUACUGGAGGAAAAGAAAGUAUAAUAUUAUAUAUGAGGAGAUUCCCUGGUUUGUGUCUAAGGUGAAGGGUGUUUCGUAUUACCAGCGUUUGAAUGUGUGGAUGGUGCAGUGGGUGGAGGACGGGGUGCAUCGUAUUCGUCGCUUUCGGUGUGCGUUUGGAGUUCUUCAGGCGAAGCUAGCGGCUGAGCAGUUUAGGAGGAACUUAGAAGAGUCGGGGCGAGUGGACAAUCGCAAGUCGGAGCGCCAGCUGCGCAUGGAUUAUAUUCAGAAGCGAGACGAGCGCCUGCUGCGGAAGAAGCGGUACUCCAAAAUUUCAAAG